AUGUCUGAAGACUACACAAAACACACGUUUCUUUCCAGGGUUCUUGGACAUUCUGAGGCUGAACAGCCAGGAUUGUUUGUCAAUGACGACGACACAGACAUGCAGUUUUCAACGUAUCCACUGAAGGAUCGUAAAGUUAAGGAUCUACUAAUGAGCGAUGUGUCCUUGGGGAAUCCUCGCCAACCUGGUCGUGAUAAUGAUAAUGAUCGCUCCCGGAGGAAACGAUCGAAUGUGAGUAUCAAUUUCAAUUCAGAAAGUGAAGAUUCAAGUGAUGAGGAAGAAAUGGCGUCACAUCACAGUGGGAAUAAUAUUAACAACGAUUAUAAUGGGAGCGACGUGGACGAGAAGCACCGCCUAAGGGAAGAACUUGAAUUGGAAUUGGAGUUGGGAGGUGUUGGGAAUGAGGUACCGGGAAGUUUGUUUUUUGAUAACAAUAGAAGUGACAAAUUAGAUCAUUCACUUUUUGGGAAGAUUGGUAAAUCUGUCAUGGAUAUUGGAGAAACAACAUUAAAACGUGCUAAGUCAUUCACCCAUAAAACAGUCGAAAAACCAGCAUUGUUAAUGAACCAGCAGCCUCCGACGUUUAUUACGAACAUGCGGAAACACGAAUCAAGUUCUGCAACUAUACAAAGGAAUGUCUUUAAAGCACGGAAAUUACCACCAAGGGAGAGGGCAUUAUGGAUGUGGGCAAACGUGAGUAACCUUGAUAUCUUCCUAAACAAUGUGUAUGAAUAUUUCUUGGGUAACGGUUGGUUAUGUAUUUUUGUUUCUAGAUGCUGUGACUUGCUAAUUAUUUUCUUUGUUGUUACAUUGUGCUCAUGUUUAGGAAAUUGCAUUGACUAUAGCAUGUUGAUGAAUGGCAAUGUAACUAACCUUUCACAAGUUUAUGAUGGCCAAUGUUAUUCACACAUAUCCCUAUCACAGAAAUUCUUUUACGCAUUACUAGGGAUAUUAUUUGUUUUACGUGUGAAGAAUUGUUAUAGUGAACUACUUGAUUUGAAUGAAAUCAAGCUAUUUUACAACUACUUGUUGGAUAUUGAUGAUUCUGAAUUACAAACCAUUACAUGGCCUCAAAUUGUCAAGAAAAUAAUGAUUUUGAGAAAUCAAAACACCAAUGCCUUGAUCAACGAGAACAACAAUGAUCCAGAUCUACAAUCUAAAACGAAGUUAAAUCCCCACGAUAUAGCCAACAGGUUGAUGAGAAAAGAAAAUUACAUGAUUGCAAUCUUCAAUAAGAAUAUUCUUAAUAAGGCCUUGACAUUCCCAUUCUUCAAAUUCCACUUUUUAACCAAAACUUUAGAAUGGAACCUUAAAUUGUGCAUUUUUGAUUAUCUAUUUAACGAUGAGGGGCAACUAGAACCAAAAGUUUUAAGCCAGCAGAGCCGUUUGACAUUAAUAAAAAAUUUGAGAAAGAGAUUUAGAGUUGCUGGGUUAUUGAGUAUUUUCUUAUCACCAUUCCUAGUUAUUUAUUUCAUUCUUUAUUACUUUUUGAAACUAUUUUAUGAUGUUAAAACCAACCCAGGGUUAUUAAAUGCAAGGAGCUAUUCUCCUUAUGCAAAAUGGAAAAUGAGAGAAUACAACGAACUUCCCCAUUUAUUUGAUCAAAGAAUUAACAUGUCCUAUGAAUACGCAGAUGAGUAUCUUAACCUAUUCCCCAAGGAACUAUUAGAUACUAUUUUCAAAUUUAUCUCUUUUAUCACCGGCUCAUUGGUAACGAUUCUAGUCAUUUUAACGGUUAUAGACCAUGAGAAUUUUCUCAAUUUCGAAAUAACCGAAGGGAAAACAGUUUUAUUCUAUAUGUCUGCAUUGGGUGCAAUCUUUACAGUGUGUAAAAAUGCAAUCUCUGAUUCUAGUGCCAGGUAUUUAUUCAAUCCCGAAACUUCAAUCAAAAAGGUAGCUAAAUACACACAUUAUCUACCAGCUUCAUGGGAUAAUAGGUAUCAUACAGUCGAAGUGAAGAAACAGUUCAGCCAAAUGUACAAUUUGAAGAUGGUCCUAAUAUUCAAAGAAUUGUGCAGUUUAGUUGCUUUACCUUAUAUGCUAUAUAUUUCCUUACCUCAAUCGGCCGAUAAAAUAAUAGACUUCUUUAGAGAUUAUAGCGUUCAUGUUGAUGGGAUUGGCUAUGUUUGCAGCUUUGCGGUUUUCAAAAUGGAACAAGACAAAGACCAUAUUUCAUUUGAUAUGAGGUUAGAUAGAAUAUUUGAUGAUGAUACAGAUGAUAAAAUGAUAAAAUCGUAUGUAAACUUUGUUGAAAGUUAUGGAAAUGGUGGAGUUAAUAAUGGCAGCCGGAAAAUUCAACCUACUAGUUUUGAGCCUGAUGUUUCAAGAAAAUUUUCAAAUCCUGCACAAACUCUUUUAAAAAGAAACCUGAAUGGGAAUUCAAGCAACACCGUACUGAAACCCAAUUUUGUUAAUACUGUGAAAAACCGAAAUGAUGGCAUUUCUAACCUUGAGUCACACAUUCCAGCAUCCAUUGACAGGAAAGACGGAACACAUACUGGUUUAAGCGAAUAUGUGAAUAAUUUAAGCACUAGCAUGAUGAUAGGCGAGAGUUUCCACUUGGGCUAUGCAAGGGCUAACGGAUUUAUUCCGGCAGAAACUAUAGAGGAGGCAUCCGAUGAUGAAGACAUGGGGGGCAUGGGGAAUAGCGGUGGUGUUUUAGGACUUUUAAACCAAGUAUAUAAACAUAAAUAA